CUACAAUCCCUUUUCUCUUUUCUCUUUUCUCUUUCCUCUCUUCCUCCCUUAAACCGCUCUCUACAUCUAGAAAAGCGGAUUUAUCUCCGAACUCCUGGGAAGUUUAUCAAGAUCUACUCCUCUUUUAAACUUUGUAUUCCUUGAUUGGAGUUUUCUCAGGUGAUAAAUUGGAGGAAGGAUGGUUUGUGAAAAGCCGACCGAGCUAUCUAAAGGGGCGGAUUCAGGUUCAAUCCUUUCCAAACCUGCAGAAAAGGCUAUGGUUGCAUCUGACAAUGGGAUCAGUUCUGAUUACACCACUCCUAAUCAGGGUGCCUCCAGUGUCAAAGGUGAGACUGGUCAAGAGUCAGUUGCAGGGCAAGAUGUGUAUAAUCCACCUCCUAGCUAUUACAAUUAUUAUUAUCCAGGCUACAAUGGGACUUUUGGUCAAUCAGAUGAUGGCAGAGAUCAUUCAUCUAUGCAUUCUUUUGCAAUGCAGGGUGUACAAACAAAUCACAGCUCAAUAGCUUAUUACAUGCCUGGCUAUAAUCCUUAUGCUGCUGGAACUUUUGUUGGGGCUGAUGGGCAUUGCGUUAGUCAGCCAUUUUAUACACCAGUUUCUACCUAUGGGGCUGAAGUGCCGCCUUGUUAUGCUUGGGAUUUAAAUUAUCUUGGAGAUCCCUCAACUGGGUCAAAUGCUGCCCCUGGGAAUGUCAAAUCGAACCCCUCUCCUGCUAACGUAGCAAGGUCAAAUGGCAUCAAACCUUCAAAAUUAUAUGGAUCCUUGGGCAAGCACUCUUCGACACCUGUAAACUCUAAAUCACGUCCAUCUGUUGCUGCGCCUAAUGUUUCUCAGCCCAAGUUCGACACUGAACCCACUAAACCAUUGAAUAAGUCAGGUUCCUAUUUUCCAUCAGCUGGGUAUGCAAAUGUUUACCAUCCUGCCGGAAACUAUCAGUCUUUAUCUUUCCCAAAACGAGGUGUGUUUGGAAAUACUGGUCCAAUGGGCUACAGAUCAAAUGCAAGGAUGUGGAAUGGAAAUGAUAAAUUUAGACCUAGUAGGAAAAGUGAGUUAGAAAUGUCAGCCGAGCUAACAUGUGGUCCUCGAGCCAACAGCAAGAGCAAUUCAGACUCAUCUGAAAAGGAACCAUUAGGUUCAGCAGUACAGAGAUAUACAUAUAACUUGGCAGAGUUCCAAACAGAGUAUGAAGCUGCAAAGUUGUACGUGAUCAAAUCCUAUAGUGAAGAUGAUGUUCAUAAAUGCAUUAAGUAUGAUGUUUGGUCUAGUACUGCAAAUGGAAAUAAGAAGCUGGAUGCAGCAUUUCACGAUGCAGAAGUGAAAGCUAGUGAGACAGGCGUAAAUUGUCCAAUAUUCCUAUUCUUCUCGGUUAAUGGAAGUGGACAGUUUGUUGGAGUAGCUGAGAUGACCGGCCAAGUGGAUUUCAACAAGAAUAUGGAUUUCUGGCAGCUUGACAAGUGGAGUGGUUUCUUCCCAGUGAAGUGGCAUAUCGUGAAAGAUAUACCAAAUUCUCAACUGCGACAUAUAAUUCUUGAAAACAAUGAAAAUAGGCCUGUGACCUACACUCGGGAUACCCAAGAGAUUGGGCUAAAGCAAGGGUUAGAAAUGCUGAAGAUUUUCAAGAACUAUCUAUCGAAGACAUCACUUGUAGAUGACCUCGAUUUCUAUGAAGGCCGAGAAAAGUCCCUGCAAAUGAAAAGAAGUAGCAAAUCUGGUGGUCAUCAGACAGAAGUAUUUGGGAAUGGAAAUUUACCGAAGCAGGUGGAGACAGAAGCUAAACGGGGAGAAGAAUUGAAGUCUCAGGUGGCCUCUGUUUUGGCUCUUGUCAACCUUACCAGUAACUUAUCCCUCAGUUCCGAUCCAAAAGUAGUUCUGUAGUUGGUUUAUUUCUGUUUUGUGCAAUCUUUCUGAUAGGGGUGUCUGAGAGUAGUUUGCUUUGUAUCUUGGUUCUUUUUUAAAAUGGAUGCUUUCUUAGAUAGGAUUUUUUUUUUUUCUUUCUAAAAAAUGUUGUUCGAUACCUCGAUUCUGAAUGCGCUGUCAUAUGAUCUGUCAAAGCUUAAUGGCUCUUGUCAUCCUUUUAUCUUCCUUUGAUUAUUGUUUUCAUUUCAA